AUGUUUAAGAUAUACGGUAACAUUAUCAACGACCAAGAAAAUCGAGAUUUCAUAGAGAAGGUUGAGACCCCGGAUGAGACUACUAAUCGAGUACACUAUAUUCCGCACCACCCAGUGAAAAAAGAUUCAUCGACUACACCGAUACGUAUAGUAUAUGAUUGCAGUUGUCGUCAAGUUUCAGAAUCACCCAGCUUAAAUGAUUGCCUUUCUUCUACACCGCAGCAGCUUAAUAAGCUAACAGAUAUUCUUACAAGAUUCCGCUACGGGAAAUACGCCUUAACAACUGAUAUUGAGAAAGCAUUCCUCCAGAUUGGACUAGACGAAGAAAACCGCGAUUCCACUCGAUUUUUCUGGCUUAGAGAUCCAAGCAACCCCAAAAGCAACUUGAGACUUACAGAUUCAAGGUAA